AUGUCGGCCACACAUGUCUUCGUGAGUCUCGCCAUACGGUUAGUGCCAUUGAUAUGUGUUAUCACAGUUUGUGCGGCCAAACCAAUGCUGGCCACCACUACAGCCGUGGCCAGAGUCCACACGUCAUCGCCAGUGGACACACAACAGCUGAUCCAAGCGCUCACUGAAGACAAUUGGUUUCAUCGGUUGUUAAUUAAUUUAUUGAGUUAUGCAGUGAUUGUGAUUCCGUCGGCGCUCACCGUAUAUAUGGUUAGGAAACGAUUGUGUAUUCAUUUCGUUGCCGAUAAUUAUUUCGUCAAACUCUUUGUUUUUGGCAAAAAUGAGACAAUUGUUGACAACAAUUACUCUGACGAAGAUUUGGGUGAUUUGUCCACAAACGAGAAGUUAUUGCCGACGAGUCUUCGGGACAUUGAGCCCAAACCGUCGACAUCCAAGUCUAUGCCCACCAAUCCCUGGGCAUCGAUACGGACCCGACGGGUGACACUUCUUCUCUACUGUUUCCUCGGUCUUCAGGUCUCGUACUUGAGUUGGGGUUUACUUCAGGAGAAGAUAAUGACCACCGAAUACGUCAUCCAAAGCCAGUUCUUCACCGAAGGACACAAACAUUUGGUUACGAUCUCUGACCGGCACUCAAAUGGUAUUUAA